GGCCGGAAGUAGCGAGAAGCAGGUAACAGGCGCGGUGCGAGAAACCCGAAAGGGGUCUGAGUGAGAGAGAGAGAGAGCGAGAAGGGAGGUGAGUGGAAGUGGCUGGAAGGGUCGGGUGACCAGAGAGAAGGUUGGGGCGUAAGUGGAAGGACGGUGAGGGGUGGCUGGGUCAGAGGGACAGAGAAGGUCGGUGGAAGUGGAUCGAGGAUCCGGGGGCGGGGAAAGCCGUGGAAGUGGCUGGGAUUGGGACCCGAAGGAGCGUGACACGCGGCCGCGAGGCAGCGGAGCCGAGCAGCAGCCUGAGAGUGUUUGGAAGCUGGAAGACUUGGUGGCGGCGGAGGCUCGGGAGCCAGCCCCUGCCCCGGAGCGUCGGGGAGUCCGCGAUGUGGGACCGGAGGCUGCUGAGGUUGGCCUUGGUGCAGCAGCUGCGGGCGGUCUACGGCAUUAAGGUCAAGAGUGGCCGGGGACAGUGCGAUCGCAGGAAACACGAACCGGCAGCCACGGAGCUAGCGGGCAAAAUAUUUGGAGUACCUUUGAAUGCAUUGCCCCAUUCUGUUGUACCAGAAUAUGGACAAAUUCCAAGCUUUCUUGUUGAUGCUUGCACAUCUUUAGAAGAGCAUCUUCAUACAGAAGGACUUUUUAGAAAAUCGGGAUCUGUUAUUCGUCUUAAAGCACUAAAGAAUAAAUUGGACCAUGGUGAAAGUUGUCUUUCUUCUGCACCUCCUUGUGACAUUGCAGGACUUCUUAAACAGUUUUUCAGGGAAUUGCCAGAGCCCAUUCUCCCAGCUGAUUUGCAUGAAGCAUUUUUUAAAGCUCAACAGUUAGGACUAGAAGAGAAGAAUAAAGCUACAUUAUUGAUCUCCUGUCUUAUGACUGACCACACAAUUGAAAUAUUAAGAUAUUUCUUUAACUUCCUCAGAAAUGUUUCUCUUCGGUCUAGUGAGAAUAAAAUGGGUAGCAGCAAUCUUGCAGUGAUAUUUGCACCGAACAUUCUUCAGACAAGUGAAGUACAUGAAAAGAUGUCUACUCACACUGAAAAAAAGCUCCGACUGCAGGCUGCAGUGGUCCAGACUCUUAUUGAUUAUGCUUCCGAAAUUGGGCAUGUUCCAGUCUUUAUUUUGGAAAAGAUCCCAACUAUGUUGGGUAUUGAUGGUCUCUGUGCUACUCCGUCAGUAGAAGGCUUUGAAGAAGGUGAAUAUGAAACUCCUGGUGACUGUAAGAGAAAGCGAAGACAAAGUGUAGGAGAUUUUGUUAGUGGAGCAUUAAAUAAACUUAAAUCUAACAGAACACCCUCUAUUACACCACAGCAUGAAAGAAUUGCCCAGCAGUCUGUAUCCCCAGUGAUCCUUACACCAAAUAGUAAACGUAAACUACCAGUAGAUUCCUCUCAUGGUGUUUCAAGUAAGAAAAGGAAGUCCAUCAAGCACAAUUUUAACUUUGAUUUACUGCCAAGUAAUCUCUUCAGUAGCAGUUCUACGCCAGUAUCAGUUCACUUUGACACAAGCUCAGAAGGAUCAUCACAGUGUUCAGUCUCUCCAGUAGUCAUCAGUGGAAGCCAUUUGAUCGGUACGGAUGUUCCAAGGCGAAGUAAAAGAAUUGCAAACAAAAAAGUUUGCAGGGUAGAAUCAGGGAAAGCUGGCUGUUUCUCUCCUAAAAUCAGCCGUAAAGAAAAGGUUCGAAGAUCUCUUCGUCUGAAAUUUAGUCUGGGGAGAAGUAGCAAAGAUGUUAAUGAGUGUUCUGGUAUGAAUAGACGUGAAAAUGUUGGACGACGACUUGCAAAUCAACAAAGUUUAAAAAAUGGAAUCGAAUCUAUAAAGACAGGUCUACUUUUUAGCCCAGAUAUUGAUGAAAGAUUAACAAAGAAAGGUUCUAAAAAGAUCAGUAAGUCUGAGGAAAACUUACUGACCCCAGAGCGACUAGAUGAAACAAAUUACCGGAUGUCUUGGACAGGACCUAGCAAUUCACAUUUUCAAGAAAUAGUUGCAAAUGAUGCAUCUCCAGUAGAGAGAAAUCUUGAGGUCGAAAACUCUUCUUUGGAGCCUGAUAUAAUGGUUGAAAAGUCACCUGUUAGUUCAUAUGAACUCACCCCUUCUGAUAUACACAGUACGCAUAGUAACAAUGUCACCGGAAGCUCUCUUAGUGGAGAUGAAAACAAUCUGACAACAGAAACUUUGGCAAAAAUUCAGAAAGCAUUUUCUGAAUCUGGAAGUAAUCUUCAUUCAUUGAUGAAUCCUGGGCAGUCACCAGUUACUAGUGUUGGGGAAGUAAAGUUAAGUGAAGCAUCUUCUGUAGAAUAUAGCCCAGAGAAAAAUCUGUUUGAAACUAAUGAUUUGACUGUUAUAGAAUCAAAUGAACACCGGAAUAGUAAGGAUGAAAGCAGUUUUUCACCACAUCAGACUCAAAAGUUGUUUGAAGAAGCAACUAUCAAAUGUCACUCUGUUCAGAUGAAUAUAGAACUUGAUAAAAGCAUUCAUUCAAAGAUACCUAAUGAUCAUUUUAGUGAACAAGAAUUUCUUAGUGAUGAAAAUAUAAAGGAACAGCAGUCUCCAAAGUGUAAACUAAAUACCGAAAAAAAGGAGGAUGAGGAUGUGAUUGGAGAGAAUUUACUGAAUUGUGUAACUUCUAAGGAGGAUGAGGAGGACGCAGCUAACACCCCUUCCGCUGAGCAGACUUGUACUGUGACAAACUUGCCCAAACCUAGGCCAGUGAGAAUUAGUACACAGUCACUGGAGGAAUUAGGUGAUAAAAUGGUUCCCGAAAGUUUAUAUAUGACAGAGCAUGGAAGGGUUUCAGACCACAUCCAGUGGUUUAACAAACUUUCCUUAAAUGAGCCAAAUAGGACAAAAGUUAAAUCACCUCUUAAAUUUCAACGUACACCUGUUCGUCAGUCUGUCAGAAGAAUUAAUUCUUUAUUGGAAUACAACAGGCAACCAGUAAGACGCAAAUUGUCAGCUCAAGGUGAUGCCACAUCUCCUUUGGUCAAAGCAGUGAGCUGUGAAAGUGCUCUUUCUUCCUGUAUAGAAGGUACAUCGAAAGAUUCUGUUUUGCGCGGCAAAUUAAGUCUUAAAAAACAGAAGUCCACAUCAUGUGAACAGUCAAAUGUUGAUGAAGUUUCAAAAUUACGCGUGGAGUUAACUUCUAAAUCUUUGUCAAAGAUAAAGAGGCACCCAGACUCUGUGACUUCUCUUGGGUCUUCCAGAGUUUGUAAACAGGAAGUCAUAGCUGAUAGUCAAAUUAAGGUUCCCUUGGAUGAUCUGACAAAUCAAAAUAUCUUGAAAUCCAUUGUAAAUAAUAAUAGGGGCUUUUCUCCUGGGAUAAAUAAUCAGGUCCUUCGGAAGCCUUCAGAAAGAGAAAGGAUAUGGUAUAAAGGUUCUCCCAAAAAUCCUAUUGGAAAAACUCAGCUACUACCGACAAGUAAACCAGUAGACUUGUAAUUAGUAGAUGGUUUUUAACUGGUUGAUGUAAAUAAAGUUGGCAAUUCAUGGUGUGACUUUCAGGAUAAUCUGCAUGUUAGUUGUAGUUUAGGAUUAUGUAAUGAAUUUAAAUUUUGCUGUAUAAGCAAUUUAAAUGUUUGUACAAAUGGCUUCUUUUCCCCCAUAAUGAUAGCAGUAUUUAAAGUAAUUGUAAUCUUCAAGCAGAGGUUAUACUUUGUAAAACAACUGGAUUUGUUAGAAAUUGUGGGAUACUAUGAGUUUUAUUAAGUAUGGAAGGAAGAGUGAAAUGAGUUGUACCUAUUUCCUAUUUUUCUGUCAUAGAAAUUUUGGUUAUGAAAAGGGAAGAGACAGGAAAAUUACUUUUUCCUGUGUGUGUUUGUACAUGCUGGGGACCAAACUGAGGACCUCAUAUGCACAUGGCAUACCCUCAAUCACUGAGAUACAUAUUGACUAAAUCUUAGUUCUUGGAUUAUGUUAAUAUUUGUUAUCUUUAACAAAAUCCCUAAAUAUUAAUUGAUAUCAGUAUACCACCUUAAAUCUUUGUAUUUGGGGACAGAGUCAAUAGGUUUAUAUUACCUGUAGGUGUAUACAGAAUGUUUACUUGAACUAAGAAAAAUGCCAAGGCAGAAUGACUCAUAGGAUAAUAUGGGCUCAUAUAGGAUAACACUGCAGAAGUAAUUGAUGAUUUUUAAGCCAUACUGUUGUUUAAGUUAAUUUGCACAAAUGCAUUUGUAUCCAUUUAUCCAGUAUAAUAUUCAAAACAUUUUUAAGGAAAUUUAACUUGGGUAAUUUUAAUUUUGAUGAUUUUUUUUAAUAUGCAGAUGCUUGGUCUUGGUUUUAAAAAUAGUUGAUGUACCUCUGCAUUCAACUGAGAUUCUUAAACUUUGGAAUUUAUGAAAGCUUGUGACCAUUUUGUCUUGUAUGUAAAUUAUUUAUUUGGCAUAGACAUUAAAAAUAACAUUUUGGA